AUGCCAGCUUCCCUCCCAGACUGUUUUCUCUCUGCUCCAGCCAUCCCACGGCUGCCCCAGGCAUCCCUUUGCCCCCUGUUCUUGGAGUUCAAAGGCCACUGCUACAGGUUCUUCCCUCUCAAUGAGACCUGGAGCGAGGCAGACCUACACUGGUCCCAGUUCUCCAUCAGCGGGAAGUCUGCCAAGCUGGCCACAGGUGAAUGCUGGGAGGAAAAUGUCUUUUGAGUUGAUGACCUCAUGAACAGCUGUGUUCCUGGGAACCCAGCUGAUGUCUGGACAAGACUUCACGAUCAUAGGCAGGAGGGGCAGUUUGAAUGGACUGAUGGCUCAUUCUGUAACUACAACUACUGGGAUGGGGGACAGCCAGAUGACAGCAUCCAUGCAGACCUACAGGAAGAGGACUGCGUGCGGAUCUGGUCCCGGCCCACCAGUGCUGUGAGGUCAUGGAAUGAUCAUGCCUGCAGCCAAGAAUUCCCCUGCUGCAAGAUCCCAUCUCUGACCAUCUGCUGUGCCAGUCUUGCCCCCCUCAAGUGA